GGCCCCCGGGAGGGUUGGAAAAUGAUGGGAGAGGCGGAGGCGACCGAGUGCUGAGCGGGACCUGCCGACUCCGCCGCGAUGCGGUCGGGCGCCCAGCCGCCGUGCGGGACCCUCCGCGUCCAGUGGUUGCUGCUGCUCGGCCUGGUGGGCCCGGUCCUCGGUGCGGCGCGGCCAGGCUUUCAGCAGACCUCACAUCUCUCUUCUUAUGAAAUUAUAACUCCCUGGAGAUUAACUAGAGAACGUCGGGAAGCACCAAGGCCCUCCCCAAAUCAGGUAUCUUAUGUCAUUCCGAUUGAAGGCAAGGAGCAUGUUAUUCACUUGGAGAGGAGCACUGACCUUUUGCCUAAAGAUUUUGUAGUUUAUACCUACAGUGAGGAAGGGGCUCUGAUCUCUGACCAUCCCAAUGUAGAGAAUCAUUGUCAUCAUCGGGGCUAUGUGGAAGGAGUUUAUAAUUCAUCUGUGGCUCUUAGCGACUGUUUUGGACUCAGAGGAUUGCUGCAUUUAGAGGAUACCAGUUAUGGAAUCGAACCUCUGCAAAACAGUUCUGACUUUGAGCACAUAUUUUAUCGAAUGGAUGAUGUCCACAAAGAGCCUCUGAAAUGUGGAGUUUCCAAUAAGAAUCUAGAGACAGAAACUGCAGAAAACCAAGAGGAGGAGCCUCCCAGCAUGACUCAGCUACUUCGAAGAAGAAGAGCUGUUCUGCCACAGACCCGAUAUGUGGAGCUUUUCAUUGUUGUAGACAAGGAAAGGUAUGACACAAUGGGACGAAAUCAGACGGCUGUGAGAGAAGAGAUGAUUCGUUUAGCAAACUACUUGGAUAGUAUGUACAUUAUGUUAAAUAUCCGCAUUGUGCUCGUUGGACUGGAGAUUUGGACAAAUGGAAACCUGAUCAGCAUAGUUGGAGGUGCUGGUGAUGUGUUGGGGAACUUUGUACAGUGGCGGGAAAAGUUUCUUAUAACACGUCGAAGACAUGACAGUGCACAGCUGGUUUUAAAGAAAGGUUUUGGUGGGACUGCAGGAAUGGCAUUUGUGGGAACAGUGUGUUCAAGGAGCCACGCAGGCGGGAUUAAUGUGUUUGGGCAAAUCACUGUGGAGACCUUUGCAUCCAUUGUUGCUCAUGAACUGGGUCACAACCUUGGAAUGAAUCAUGAUGAUGGGAGAGAUUGUUUCUGUGGGGCAAAGAGCUGCAUCAUGAAUUCAGGAGCAUCAGGUUCCAGAAACUUCAGCAGUUGCAGUGCAGAGGACUUUGAGAAAUUAACUCUGAAUAAAGGAGGAAACUGCCUUCUUAAUAUUCCCAAGCCUGAUGAAGCCUAUAGUGCUCCCUUCUGUGGGAAUAAACUGGUGGACCCUGGGGAAGAGUGUGACUGUGGUAAUCCACAGGAAUGUGAAUUGGACCCUUGUUGUGAAGGAAGUACUUGUAAGCUUAAAUCAUUUGCUGAAUGUGCAUAUGGCGACUGUUGUAAAGACUGUUGGUUCCUUCCAGGAGGUUCUUUAUGUCGAGGAAAAACCAAUGAGUGUGAUGUUCCAGAGUACUGCAAUGGUUCUUCCCAGUUCUGUCAGCCAGAUGUUUUUAUUCAGAAUGGAUAUCCUUGUCAGAAUAACAAAGCCUAUUGUUACAAUGGCAUGUGCCAGUAUUAUGAUGCUCAGUGUCAAGUCAUCUUUGGCUCAAAAGCCAAAGCUGCCCCAAGAGAUUGUUUCAUUGAAGUGAAUUCUAAAGGUGACAGAUUUGGCAAUUGUGGUUUCUCUGGCAAUGAAUACAAGAAGUGUGCCACUGGGAAUGCUUUGUGUGGAAAGCUUCAGUGUGAGAAUGUACAGCACAUGCCUGUAUUUGGAAUUGUGCCUGCCAUUAUUCAGACACCCAGUAGAGGCACCAAAUGUUGGGGUGUGGAUUUCCAGCUAGGAUCAGAUGUUCCAGAUCCUGGGAUGGUUAAUGAAGGCACAAAAUGUGAUGUUGGAAAGGUCUGUAGAAAUUUCCAGUGUGUAAAUGCUUCUGUUCUAAAUUAUGACUGUGAUGUUCAGAAGAAAUGUCAUGGACAUGGGGUAUGUAAUAGCAAUAAGAAUUGUCACUGUGAAAAUGGCUGGGCUCCUCCAAAUUGUGAGACUAAAGGAUAUGGAGGAAGUGUGGACAGCGGACCUACAUACAAUGAAAAGAAUACUGCUCUGAGGGAUGGACUCCUGGUGUUCUUCUUCCUCAUUGUUCCCCUCAUUGGAUUGGCUGCUUUUGUCUUCAUUAAGAGAGAUCGACUGUGGAGAAGCUACUUCAGAAAGAAGAGAUCACAAACAUAUGAAUCAGAUGGCAAAAAUCAAGCAAACGUUUCUAGACAGCCAGUGAGUGUUCCUCGGCAUGUUUCUCCAGUGACGGCUCCUAGAGAAGUUCCUAUAUAUGCAAACAGAUUUCCAGUACCAACCUAUGCAGCCAAGCAACCUCAGCACUUCCCAUCAAGGCCACCUCCACCACAACCGAAAAUAUCAUCUCAGGGAAAUUUAAUUCCUGCUCGUCCUGCACCUGCACCUCCUUUAUAUAGUUCCCUCACUUGAUUUUUUUUUUUUUUUAAUUCCUCUUUUUGCAAAAGUCUUCAGGGAACUGAGCUUAUACUUUUUCUUUCUGAUACUUUCUUGAAAAGCCUUUUUUUCCUGUUGCAACUAUGAAUGAAAACAAAAUACCACAAAACUGUACUAACACAGAGAAACAGAAAUAAAGUGUAGGAGUUGAGAAAUACAAGGAAGUGUGGUAAAGCCAGGGAAUUUAGAGUAGCAUUUUCAUUUCCAUUACUAAGUCUUAUUCAGUCAUCUGUGAAGUUAAUGCACUUAACAUAGAUUGUUAUUUUGAACACGAUGUUGCAGUGAUUCUCAAAUUAACUAUAUUGAUAUAAAAGUUUUCGUUAUGUGCUUAACUGUUAUUUUGUACUUUUGACCUUAGUUAUCAUUAAUGUAAUUGCUGGUGAACAUGUGAUAACUAAUAACCUGUGAAAACUAAUUAGCCACCAAAAAUACUGAAUGAUUUUCAUAUUGCAUGGAUUAAUAAUCAUAUGUUAGAAUCUUGUCACUCAUUCACUACAUGAACAGUUAGUCUGUCUUAAGAAUGCACAAGAACCACCAUUAAAGUGUUACACUACCUUGAAAAUGCAAAAAACACACUGAGUGUGUGUAUUCACACAAUUAUUAGCUUCAUUUUUAUGAUCUUUCAACUACAAGAUGAUUAUUAGAAAAAUGAAUUUAAUAUUAGAAUUUAUUAUGAAUCAUGUUAAAGCAUGACAUCCUUUUACAAUAGCAUUUUAAAUUAUCAGCUUUAAGGUACGAGGUAUUUAAAAAUGUAAUCAGAUAUGCAGUUGAUUCAUGGCUGUAAUAAAGCAGGAGCAAUUUUAAUACCUUCAGUCAGUUGAGCAGUUACAGAAGCACUUGAGAAUUUCAUGAGCACUUUAAGUCUAACAUUUGAAUUUUCAUAGCUGGAUUUUAAAUCAUUUAGAAUGUUUACAUUUACUAGGGUGAGCUGGAUCUUGUCUCUUGUCACAGAUAUUUUCAUAGAAAUUUGGGUGGAAAAAAAGAAAUGGUUUUCUUAAAUACAAAAGUUAGUGUGGUAUCUGUGAACGAUUGUCUUAGCUUUAUUAAAAAUGAAUUUUUACUAUGUAAGAAAUGGUAUGGACAAUAAAAUUUGAAACACUUUAAAUUUUUUCAUAACCUUUCAUAAUAAAGUUUAAUAUGUUUAUUAACUGAAUUUCAUUAGUUUUAAACGAUUUUUUGGGUUGUGUAUAUGUACAUAUACAGAUAUAACAUUUACAAUAAAUAAUUUGAAAUUCUGUC